UUUGACUGCCGUGACGAUAAUGAAAGACUCGAGCGUGCUCUUAAUGAUAGCUAUGUUAUCUCCGCGAGGUGUGAUCGUAUCAGAACCAAGUAGUUUAUUAAUUCCCGGCGGGGCCGUUUCUCCUGGCUGAUUCUGGGGCUUAUUUAGCCUGCGUUAGGUCCUGAUGCCUUGAGGCUGAUCCGUCGAAUGUCUUCAGCCCGAAGGAUUUAAUCCCGUGCCGUACUGUCACUGCCCCUCAUUCUUCCCCGGAAUCUUCUUUUAACCUCGUCACCUGGUGCCUCAGUGAGUCCUGCAACAUGACCCAUUUAUCAGCAACAGUACCUACAAAACAGCGGAAGAGGGCCUAUGGAAAGAGGUCGAGAACGGGCUGCCGCUCCUGUCGGGCACGUCGUGUCAAGUGCGACGAAACCCCUGGCGCAUGUCAAAAUUGUACGUCCAGCGGCUGGGCUUGCGGCGGGUACGACUCACACCGGUUGCCUCCUGCAGCCAGAGGAAAGGUGAUGCCUCAGGUGACGGAUGGCUUUCGUUGGGCCAUGACCUCGGACGAGCGGCGAUGUUUCUCAUACUUUCAGCACCACACCAUCCCCACCCUUCUCGAAAUGUUCGAUUCCCCAUUGUGGAGAAAGCUGGUUCUUCAAAUGAGUUACUCCGAGCCCGCUGUAUACCACGCGGCGGUGGCCCUUAGUGCCGUUCAUGAAGAUGCAGAAGGACACGGGUUUCCCUUGCCUGGACAGGCCCGACAAGGCACCUGGCAGCAAUUCGCCUUGGAUCAAUCCUUGCGAUCGUUUGGUAUAUUGAAUAGACGUCACUCGUCACAAGACCCGAAGUUGAGGGAGGUUAUGCUACUUUGUUGUCUGCUUUAUGUGUUCCUGGAGUUACUAUCAGGACACCACGAGAAUGCCUGCCGGCAUUUACGGAGUGGCUUGCAAAUCUUGAAAGAGGCCCGUGCUCAUCGACAGCUCAUCGGUGCGUCUGAAUCGCCAGUCGAGACGUGCCUGGUGGCAGCAUUCGCUGAGUUAGAUAUCCAGUCCCCCUUCGUCGGGGCACAGGGAAUGGUCCUGUGUCUCGACGACGAGGUGGAUCAAUACUCCUGGCUGGCGAGCUUUCCAUUUGGAUUCCAUAGUAUUUUCGAUGCGCAACGGGCUUUUGCUCCGUUCAUGUAUGGUGCCUACGGGUUCGUGGCGCAGUGUUGGCCCUUGACCGAGGAGCAGGUUAUGGCCAAUUACGAUGCAUUGCAGUCCGAGCAAAGACAACUUCUAUCUCAUCUGAUUCGAUUUGCAGACCUGUGUGAGCCCCUUUAUGCGUCAUACCUUCAACUGAGUCGGAAGGAACAGAGGGGGGUUGAUAUCAUUCACGCCCACCAACGCCAUAUGGUCCUGGAAGUGAGUACCUGUCUUUUACCAAGACAUAGUCCGGUCCGCGAUUGCUUCACGCCUCAUUACCGAGCACACUUGGGCGACCUCAAGUCGAUCAUCCGCAAGGCGCCCGAGUGCCCGAGUCUUUCUCUGUUUCCCAGUCUGCUUCCCUGUCUCUACGCCAUUGUACUCAGUUGCCAUGAUUAUGACGUUUGUCUGGAAGCAACCGAGGAACUGCAUCGCUGGAUACAUUGUGAAGGGAUGUUCAACUCGGCCUGGCUUGCUUUACAAGCGAUCGAACAUGUUAGACUGGACUUUUUGGAAGAGGAACUAAGCCUUGGAUCUUCCUCACCGGAUACAUUUGCAACCGUCAUGAAUGAGGAGCGUAGUCAUUUAUGGUCACGGAUAGAGGAUAUGCGAUGGCGCAUCACAAGAGGUCGACCAGGUUAUUUGGAUGAAGUCUUGCAGGCGAGCGAGUACAUGAGGACGUGGGUUUGUGUGCGGGCACUUCAGAUGCGAAAGGCUCGUCUUAAUGAGUUGUUGUCUUGCUUGUAAAUGACCUUUGCACAGCCUUCAAUAUACCAUUACCCCUCUGCACAUAACAUGAACUACCAAUAAUCCUUCUCCUAUAUUAACCACACGAAAUUUCCAUCUAUGACGAUACUUGAGAUUACCCGAAUCAAUCUAAUUGAGACCAUGACAGUUUUCCCUUCCAACAUACCAUAGAGGCCCGUUAGUCCUCGAAGCAACAAUACUAACAGAAUACCUUUUUUUUACCCGUAAUAUAUCCCCUUUACCGAUAUGAGUAUUAUCAAUAGACACUACCAGCCAGUAUAUGACAGAAUUUCCCAACUAGACCAAAAG